AUGGCUUUCUUAGGAAGUGCUGAAGUUCAGGAACCAUUAAUUAAGCCUGGAAAACUGUCCAAGGAGAAGGUGAUAAGGGGGCAGCUGAAGCUUAUACAGGAGUGUCCUUGGAAACCCAAUGCGACAGCAGUUAGACAAUAUAGGAAAGAGCUAGGUCAGUGUUGCAAUGCUUCUGAACGGCUGGUGGUAACCAAGGAAAACACGCCGCUGGGAUCCAUCAUCAAUUUAGAUGGUGACAUAUAUUCCAAUAUAACUGUGGAUGCCGAGCUGAGAAGUGUUCUAUUGAAGAGAUUUCCUUUGGCAGAUACCCGGUAUAGCAAAUGUGCUGUCGUUGGCAACGGUGGUAUCCUGCAUGGUAGCAAUUGUGGACAACUAAUCGACCAGGCUAAUUUUGUCAUAAGAUUUAACCUGCCUCCGUUGAGUAGAACUAAAGAUGUGGGAAGCAAGACGCACUUAGUGACCAUCAACCCCAGUAUUUUAAGUAAGAGAUUCAAAGAUUUGUUGGGCCAUGAGACGGAUUUUAUCAACGCUCUUUGGGCCUACCCAAACGCCCUUUUCCUCAUCCCGGCGAUAUCCUUUAAUUAUCAUCUUAAAGUCGGCUACCGUGCUAUACGCAUCAUGAAGGAUGUCGGCCUGGCCCAUAAGGCAUUCUUUAUCCACCCACACUACCUGUCUGCCCUCGAUAAGUAUUGGAAACUGAAAAGGAUGAGGGAACUACGCCUAUCCACUGGCUUUAUGUUCACCAGUUUUGCGCUGGAGUUCUGUGACGACAUCACUCUCUAUGGCUUCUGGCCUUUUUUUUAUGACCUAAAUGGGAAACCAAUCAGUCAUCACUACUAUGACAACGUGUUGCCGCUUCCUUUUGUUCACAACAUGUCUGAAGAGUUCUCCCAUUAUCUCAAGAUGUCUUCCCAAGGUGUCUUGCACCUACACCUUGGCAAAUGCCAGUGA